UUAAUGUUUUUUUUUAUAUGAGCACUAUAAUUAUUCCACAAUUUUGGUUAGAAAUUGUUUUAUUCUUUUGUGGAAAUUCAGGUGUAAAAUCUAUAGGAGUGUGCAAUGGAGCAUUGGGAGAUAAUUUACCAAUCGAUCAAGAAGUUGUGAAUCUUUGCAAUGCAAAUGGUAUUCGAAAGAUGCGACUUUACGCCCCAAAACAAGAAACCCUAGAAGCCUUAAGAGAUUCCAACUUCUUCCUCAUUCUCGACGCCCCAAAUGUUCAAGAACUCGCAUCUGAUCCCUCGGUCGCGUCACAAUGGGUCAAGACUAACGUGGUACCAUAUUGGCCAGGUAUCCAAUUCAAAUAUAUAGCUGUAGGAAAUGAAAUUGAUCCAGCCAGCGAUAUUGCACAAUUUGUCCACCCCGCCAUGAUCAACAUGCAUAACGCCUUGAUAUCCGAGGGUUUAGGAGAAGUGAUUAAGGUCUCAACCGCUACGUGGCCAGCGAUCUUGGGAGUAUCGUACCCUCCAUCCCAAAGCUCUUUUAGGGAUGACGCUAGGGCGUUCCUAGAUCCAAUUAUAAGAUUUUUAGACGAUACUCAAUCUCAACUUCUAGUGAACAUAUACCCUUAUUUUAGCUAUAAGGGUAAUCCCCAAGAUAUUUCACUAUCCUACGCUUUAUUUACCUCACAAGAAGUCGUGGUAUCGGAUGAAGGUCUUGGAUACACAAAUCUUUUUGACGCCAUUUUGGAUUCAGUAUACGCUGCUUUAGAAAAGGCAGGAUCGCCCUUAGGUGGGGUUAUCGUGUCGGAGACUGGAUGGCCUUCGGAUGGGGGAUUCGCGGCAAGUUUGGAGAAUGCGGGGACCUAUUAUACAAACUUAAUUAACCAUGUAAAGAGUGGAAAUAAUACCCCAAGGAGACCUCAAACGGCUAUAGAUGUUUACUUGUUUGGUAUGUUUGAUGAGAAUUUAAAGAAUGGAGAAGAAACUGAGAAGCACUUUGGAAUCUUCACUCCGGACAUGCAACCAAAAUAUCAACUUUCUUUUUAG